UGAGAUGGUAUAAAAACCAAACUGAGUCUCUGGAUCGUCUAAAGUCCAUAAUGAAGCUCAGCCUGAUUCUCUUUCUCACCGUCACCCUGAUCUUUCAGGGCUGCAGUGCCAGUGUCUCUGACGCUGAGAUCAAGUCUUUGUCCGAGACGCUGUACAAAUUAGACCAUAACAGGGCCACAGCCUCAGAGCUGGUCAUCGAUCCUCAGACACUGAUCUCUCCUUCUGAGACCGGCUCCAAGAAUGACCACUCAUCCCGCCCAUUGUUCAAGCAAGUGAGUAGUACGUUGCUCUCCAAGCCCACGUAUAAAGCUCUGCUGAAUCUAUUAGACAACUAUAGAAGGAUGACAGGAGAAGUGGAGGAUGUGCCCUCACAGGAAGUCCAGGAGCAAGACACUUUCCUCCAGCAGACCAUGAACACUGAUGUGGGCAGGGAGCUUUACAAUUUCCUCCACUCUAAAGGUGUAUACUCAUCACAGAGCGAGUUUAUCCAGGAUCUGAAGAUGAUGUGGUUUGGUCUUUACUCUCGAUCUAGUGGCAAACUGGACUCCAGCGGGUUUGAACACAUCUUUGUCGGGGAAAUUAAGAGCGGAAAGGUGUCUGGUUUCCACAACUGGCUGCAGUUUUAUCUGAGUGAGAAACAGGGACUCCUGAAUUACUACAGUCAUAGCUUUGAUGGCCCUUGGAGCACAUACCCUGAUGUAUUAGGAAUGCAGUUUGAAUGGGAUGGCUAUUUCAAAGAGGUUGGUUCUGCGUUUAUUGGCUGUAGUCCUGAAUUUGAUCUGGCUAUCUACAGUCUUUGCUACAUCACCCGCCCUGGCAAAAAAUGUUAUGUGAGUUUGGGAGGACAGACUCUGGGCAUUCAGACCUAUACAUGGGACAACAGCAGCUAUGGGGAUGGAAAGAAGUACAUAGGCUCUGCUUACCCUGCCACACCAUGAUUCCCUGUCAUCUGAAUAUCAACAGACUCACAACCAGAACAACUCUUAAUUCUUCUCCUGGUUGUUCGAAGUUGAUGUUGGACCAAAUAAAACAGGAAUACAAAAAACA